UUCAGAGGUAUGCAACUAAAUGACAAAGAGAUGUGCGAGUAAAGUGGGUAUCUUAAACUUCCAUCGUUCAAACUCCAUCUCUAUAUAAGUAUGUCGUUGUUCGGUUUGUCCAACAUGCUUCCGCUUCCUCUCUCACCAUCUACGGGCUCGGGCGGGGAUCCGAACGCCAAAGUCCGAGAAUAUAGCUUAGGACGCGGCUCUUUACUCUCGGAGCACUGGUGUCUUUGCUACCCAGUCUUGACUCCCCGGUGCCGUUUGAAAAUGUCGUACGCAAGUGCCGGCUGCGCUGCGGAGGUCGGAAGAAGGAGGGGCCAUUGUAGGGCUCUGAGCCAAGGUGUUGAGAAAGACAAAGAUGGAGAUGCGAUGGAAUGUCCGCCAUCUUUCGUCAUCCACCAUAUUACAACCUCAUUAGAGACGGGCGAAGGUCUUUUUAGGCUUGGGACGAUUGUUAGUAUCUUUGUCUUUUAGUAUGGCAGCGCUAUGCAUCAACGGAUCUGCUCAGGCGCAGGUACCACGAUCUGACAUGCGGGGAACACCCCGAUCAUCGUUCCAGGGCCGCAUUCUAGUAGCUUAACGAGGAAUGUUUUUCUCUGCAAUAGCUUGCGUUGCUACGUUCUGAUGGCUUAUUGAGAAAGACCCUCGACGAGGAGUGCAGAAGGAUGGACGAGUGACAAUGCACGCGAUUCCGACUUGUCGAUAGCGCUCUCGGAACA